GCUUCUCACUAGGAGAGAUAGAGAGGGAUAGAGAGAAGAGGCUAGAGGUAGGAGGCCAGAUAGGUAGAGCUUGAAGAUUCGAGCUAGGCAGAAGUAUUUGAGGAAAGAGAUACCAGUGUGCAGGAUUGGUCCAAGAAUUCAGGCUUUGAAUGUUCACUGAAACAAUGGAGGUAUUUGGAAAAUCUAUGGUAGCUGUUCCUACAACUGUUAUUUAUCUGUCAAGCAUUCUGGGCCAAGAUGAUGGGCCGAACCCGGUUCACAAAUGUGAUUGGAAAUGUGAAAAUGAACACGUGUGUGGGAACAUUUACAGAUGCAGACUAACUGGGCUGACUCACAUUUGUGACAAAAACUGUAACCAGAGAAUCUUGUAUGACAACCAUAGCUCCCUUUGCAGAGUGAGCAAGCAGAUUUUUCCACUAACACCAGCUGAAGAGACGGCUGUGAAAGGAAUACGGAGGAAGCUUGAUACUGAAAGUUCACCAUCCGACAGCUGUGCUUUCAAGCGUAGGCGGGAUGCGACAUUCCAUCCAUCGCCGUUUGAGAGAUCUUUCUCUGCUGUUACUCCCAUUUGUAGCCAAGUUGGAGAUGGAAUGGACAUGAGCUAGAUUUCAUCUGCUUAUUCUACUUCCGUUUUUUAGUGUUUUACUGCUCUCAUGAGACAAUAAUGCGAAAAACACUUUGAUAAAGCCAUCUUAUGUGGCAGACUGGAUUUAUCAUGCCAAGUCUGUAGGAGACUCUUAUAUUGAACUGAAGUACCUUCCAUAACUUACUAGGUAGUUAACUUUAUCAUGCAGCCGGAGUUAUUGUUAUCACAUUUGAGCUCCACUAGUGGAACUUAAGAGCUCAAUAUCUGAUUUAUCAGGUUAUUGAAGUUCUUUGUUCAUUAUGUUAUCAACUAUUGAUGUAAUAGCUUUACCGUGCUUUCUUAUUUUGUAUUGGUUAGCAUCAUCUCAGCAAGUCCUAUUUUUCGACUUGCUCUGCAAUGGAGUUGUUUGACUUGACUAAUUUUCUUUAUAUGUAACAAUAUUACAGGGUACCAUUAUUUCUAGAAGCCUUAUUAUGACCGGAUUGUUGUUGGAAAUGUUAAAAUUGUUGUGGCCUUCUUUUAUGGACACUCAAUUUUAAGUCUAGCUCAUAUCAUUAUUGAGUUUAUUCAAGUUAAAACUGAUGUUUACUUCUUUGACUUUCUGUUUUUUCAGGUUUAGGGAUAUAAGCUGAGCUCAUUUCUGGUUAUAUGUAAUGGUGCCUUAAAUGGUGUUGUUUUUGCAGGAAUUGAAGGGCUACAAUUGGAAAAUCGAUAGCCUAAUAUAUGUGUUUAUUUAUAUUCUCUGUAUUUUCUUAAUGAGAAUCUGAGAUUUUUUAAUUAAUGAAUAUGGGAAUAAGUUUCUGAUUGUUAUAAUUAUUUAUUUUUCUUUUCAUGCAGGGUGUUUUUUCUCUAAUAUGCAUUUCCAGAAUUCAAAAGUCUCAAAUGCGGCAUGCUGUGUGUUUAUCAACAUAUUCAUGCCAACUGAAGUUGAGGCCUGUUCAUUAAAGGCACACCAUGUUCUGCUCCUACACCUUCUACCAUCGCCUAAUCUUCCUAUCAUAAGUACCCAUCUUAAACCAACAGAUUACCAGGAUUUUCAGUUUCAUCAUAACCAAUAGCUGUCCACAGACAAUAUGGCCUGCCACGUUGGCGGGUGCAGGAACUCCUGCACUACCUACAACUGGAUUUCAGUUGAACUCCGGCCAAAGUAUCUCCAUUCCAUGUACCCCAAAGUGGUCGGGCCGCAUUUGGGCAAGAACUGGAUGUACUUUUGACACAUCAGGUGCUGGAUCUUGUGAAACAGGGGACUGUGGUGGAAAGCUUGAAUGCAAUGGGAUGGGGGGCAAACCUCCCUGUUCUCUCUUUGAGAUCACUGUCGGAGGUUGGGAAGAUAAAGAUUUCUAUGAUAUCAGCUUGGUCGAUGGCUACAACUUACCAAUGAUAAUGGCCCCUAUAGGGGUUCAGUGCAACAGCACUGGUUGCAUUUCCAAUCUCAACAUGGGUUGUCCUAAAGAGCUUCAAAUGGUUGGGGGAGAUGGGGCUGUCAUUGGGUGCCAGAGCGCCUGUGAGGCUUUUCAAAUGCCUGAGUAUUGCUGUAGCGGAGAGUAUGCCAAUCCAACAACUUGUAAACCGUCCUUCUAUUCUAAAAUCUUCAAAAAUGCUUGUCCCAGUGCGUACAGCUAUGCAUUUGAUGAUGGAACCAGCACCUUUACCUGCAAGGCUGAUCAGUAUCAGAUCACCUUUUGCCCCAACGGGACCAAUAAUGGCAACAAUUCAACAAGCGCUCCACUUCUACCACCACUGCCGCCUUCUCCACCUAACGGCGGUACAGUUGCUACACCUCUACCACCACUGCCUUCUCCACCUAAUGGUGGUACAGUUACUACACCUCCACCUUCUCCACCUAAUGGUGGUACAGUUACUACACCUCCACCUUCUCCACCUAAUGGUGGUACAGUUGUUACACCUCUACCACCGCCACUGGUUACGCCUCUGCCGACACUGGUUACGCCUCCGCCGCCACUACUUGUACCGCCACCACCUGCUCCACUUAAUGGAGGUGUAGGUGUGAUGCCUUCACCUCCAGGUCUUGGCGUCGCUACACCUCCACCUCCUCCACCUUUUAGCAAUCCAGUUGAUGGGCCUCCACCCCCAGCUAUUCCACGACUUAAAAGAAAGACUGGGAAUUCCAUGCCUGAAGCAGGGAUUGUUUCAUCUUCAAAAAAGAGUCUACCCUUCUCAACAUUUACCAUAACCGUUAUGUUUCAACUGUUUCUGCAAAUAUAGAUUGCUAAAACAAUUUUCAGCUUUGGCAUAUGAAAAAGCCGCCAUUAACCCAUUACUGUAAAAGUUUGUAAGAGUUCACAAUGAUGCUAAUUUGUUAUUAAAUGGGUUUUCUAUGAAAUGUUCACUAAGAGCCCGUUCUGUAACUUUGAUUUUACACGUUGAAUUGUGUAAUUGUAAGAUUAUAAGAUAAAAUAAGGUUGGAGUUACUUUUCAUUGGUUGAAA